CGACGUUUCUUUUAUUUGUCUGUCAAUUGCAAGCUGCAUCAGAUCGUGCGCUGUCAAAUGAAGCGUCACCCACGUGAACAGUUGUACCAAUGUUGAAUAUCGCUAUCAAUAAUGUGUUGCUUCAUUGUUGUGGUAAUUUGCUAAUUUUUAAACUCGCGGAAAACGGUUUCUAAAGAAAACCAUGGAGCAAGACGGACCAACAGUCUCAAACAUAACCAUAAACGACAGCGUUGACUUCGUGUCCGACGACUAUGAUAAACUUUUAAAACCACCUAGGAAUAAUUUUCAUUCUUAUUUAAACGAAGAUGUCAGUGUCAGAUUUCCGAGAACGAGGACGAACCAUAAUGCUACUUUUUCUAGUGCCUCCGAAAGGACAAAUCACAUGUCGUAUACAAGGCUUUCGUCCGAGGCAAUACCACCUGGAGCUAUGAACUACCUUUCGGCCAAUUAUGAGAGUCUUGAUUAUGACACCUGUGAAAAUCAAUUAAUGUUGGAUGAAGAAAGAAAAAAAGGAUAUAAAUUUGUGGUCAAAAGAAAUGUUGCGCGAUGGUUUAUUUUCUUGCUCAUAGGAAUUUUCACCGCUCUUAUUGCAUGCUUUGUCGACAUAUCCAUUAGUGAAUUGUCGAAACUGAAGUAUAACUCAUUGAAAAAAUGUGUUGAUCAAUGCAUUUCUGAAAACUGUUUAUGGUUGCCAUAUCUCCUCUGGCUCGUCACGAACUUAGUACCAGUUUUAAUAGGUUCUAUCUUGGUGGCAUAUGUCGAACCUGUAGCAGCUGGUAGUGGGAUUCCACAAAUUAAAUGCUACUUGAACGGAGUCAAAGUGCCAAGGGUUGUCCGAAUCAAAACCUUAGUUGUAAAAAUGAUCGGGGUCAUUUGCACUGUGGUUGGUGGCCUAGCUGGAGGAAAGGAGGGACCAAUGAUACAUUCUGGAGCUGUUGUGGCAGCAGGCAUUUCGCAAGGCAAAAGUACAACUUUCAAAAAAGAUUUCGGAAUUUUUAAGUAUUUCCGAGAGGAUCACGAGAAACGAGAUUUUGUAUCUGGAGGUGCAGCGUCAGGUGUAUCUGCAGCGUUUGGAGCACCAAUCGGUGGCGUGCUGUUUAGUAUUGAAGAAGGCACCAGCUUUUUUAAGCAAAGUUUGACCUGGCGAACUUUUUUUGCUAGCAUGAUAACAACUUUUACAAUGAACAUAAUCCUUAGUGCAUAUCAUGGACAUCCAGGUGAACUAUCCUAUCCAGGAUUGAUAAACUUGGGAAAAUUUGAUGAGAUACCGUAUCAAUUCUAUGAAAUACCAUUGUUCAUGGUAAUCGGAACAUUGGGGGGAAUUCUCGGAGCACUUUGGAAUCACAUCAAUUACAAAAUCUCAUGCUUUCGACUGCGGUUUAUAAAAAAGAAUUGGAUAAAAGUGCUCGAAGCCUUGUUUGUAGCAGUUCUGAGUGCCACCCUAGGAUUCCUAAUGAUUUAUUUUAUUGAUGAUUGCAAGACUCCAGAAGAGUUCUCCAUGGACUUUCCUAUUCAAAUGUACUGUGAGGAUGGAAAGUACAGUGCAGUUGCUGCUCUCUGGUUUCAAACUCCUGAAAGUAGCGUUAACUCAUUGUUUCAUGAUUCUAAAGGUUCCCAAAACGAUGAAACACUGGUUAUCUUUGUUAUCUUGUACUUUCUCUUGGCUGCUUGCACCUUCGGUCUUUCUAUGUCGAGCGGUCUCUUCAUCCCUUCACUUUUGAUUGGUGCUGCCUGGGGUAGAUUAGUUGGAUCCGGCCUUUCCAAGUUGUGGCCUAACUGUGACAUCUUUGAUCCCAGAAAAUAUGCACUAUUGGGUGCAGCUGCUCAGCUUGGCGGUGUAGUUAGAAUGACAAUCAGCUUAACUGUAAUUCUUAUAGAGGCAACUGAUGGAAUAUUCUUUGGUCUUCCACUUAUCAUUGUACUCUUAAUGGCAAAAUGGGUUGGUGAUUUCUUCAAUGAGGGUAUUUAUGAGAUUCACAUACAAAUGACCGGAGUACCCAUAUUACCAUGGGAACCUCCACCGUUAUCAAACAAUAUUUAUGCAAGUGAAAUAAUGAGUCAUCCUGUGGUUACACUGAAAACUGUUGAAAACGUCGGCCAUAUAGUCGAGCUUCUAAAAUGUGUUUCAUUCAAUGGAUUUCCUGUUGUUGACCCGCCAACAAGUGAUCAGGAAGAAAUAAAUUGCUACGGGCGGUUCAGAGGCUUGAUUUUGCGAUCUCAGUUAAUUGUUUUACUACAGAAAAAAAUAUUCAACGAAUACAGCGAAUAUUGGGAUGAAUUUCUGAAUAUCGAAAUGUUCAGAAACGAGUAUCCUCGAUAUUCUACUAUUGACCAUGUCAAUCUUACCGCAGACGAAAAAACUUACAAAAUGGAUUUGCGACCCUUUAUGAAUCCAUCACCAUAUACAGUUCAACAUUCUGCCACUUUACCACGGGUAUUCAGUCUCUUCAGGGCCUUGGGACUGCGCCACCUACCAGUAGUCAAUGAUACAAAUGAGGUGAUUGGAAUGGUGACCCGAAAGGACAUAGCCAGAUUUCGAAUUUGGAGGCAUCAGGGGCGAAUGGGUUUAGAUGAACUUUUGAUAUCAGAUAAACUCUAAUAUUUUGACGAAUAUUAUUGUGAUACUAUUGUUCCACUAUUCUGCUAAAUUUUUAGACUGAGUUCACACAAAGUGAGUAGAAGGACCACAUUUACGUCAAAAGUUGUAAGCCACUAAACUUAAGCAUCCUGAAUAAUACCUUGUUAAUAAAGGAAUAUAUAUACCAGGCUCAAGAAACAUUACGUCGAAGCUAGCAAGCAGAGUUAGACGAACGAAUUAGGUGAAUGCACUACUGUCCAUCACAAUACGGCAGUGAGGAUGAGCAAUGCCUAGGAAACAUAAUACAAUCAUAAAAUGAUAGGUGUUCUAUCACACUCUAUCACAUUACCCUCUGUAACAAAAGUUCAGCAUGUUUGGCUGUUAACUUUGGCUGCUGGUUUCAGCUUUAUCGAAGAAAACAUGACAAUUUUCUUAGAUUGUAGAUUGGCAG